UACAAAAUAAUUUAGCUUUUGACAGGAAGGAAUAUACGAAAUUUUAUGAUAUUUCACGCAAUGGAAAACAUAUGAAUAAUACUGAGUUAUAUGAGUGAUAUAAAACGUUAAAACUUUAUGUUGUAAACAUGUUGAAAUACCGAACUUAAUACUAACGUCCUUGUGUGUAUUGAAAAGGCGGAACACUUUAUUAUAAUCUUUUGCAAUGAAUAUAACUAAUAAGGUUAAACGUAUAAAUCUGUGAAAAUGGAAGAAACGAUCGAUGAAAUAAAAAUUUACUCGAUUACUCUAGACAAUAUUCUUGAAACUGUUGGUGCGUCAGAAUACGUCCGUCGAACACAACAGCAUAGAUCUAUCAUGCAAGAACUUCUGAUAUCUGCAACCCGAAAUAUAACCGGGAGUUCUAUUUUGAAGAUGUAUACAUAUAAAUUUGGUAGUGCAAUUGAAGGAACAACAACUCCUGGUCUAAACUCUGAUCAAGAUUGUCUGAUAUGCGUUGACCGUCCUCCGGUAAUCGAAGAAAUUUCCGAAAAGGGUUUGACAGAAUACCUUUUAAUGAUAACUGAUGAAAAUACACCGCCUGGAUACACAAAGCUACAACAUGUCGUCAACAAUGAACCAAUGAAUCUUGAAGAGAUGGAGGAUGAAGAUGAAGAAAUCGAUAUCACGGGAAACCGGGUUUUAGGGAAUAGAUUUCUAAUAGAAAGCAUGACAAACGACGAGAUAAAUGGACCUGCCGGAACCACCUUGAAAAGUAAGCAAUUGCCCGGCGUCCCAGAUCUAGACUUUGUGCCUUCAUACAGAUGUAGGACAUGGCCAAGGCAGGCUUUAAGUUGGUUGUCCAGACAACGCUCAUCCGGCUUUCCAAAUGCUGAGAUGAUUGGAAGAUUCACUUCUCAUGGAUGCUUUUUAGUUCCUGUUGGUCAAUACGUGAGCCCCGAAAAGCGUUUACAAUGGAAACUUUCAUUUUCAUUUCAGGAACGACAGAUAAUGUUCAGCAUGAGCCCAAUACAAUUUAAAACUUUCAUUUCUUUGAAAAUGAUCAAAAAGAAUUUUAUAAAAGACAGAGUACCUCCAAAAUCGCUGACGUCGUACCAUUGUAAAACGUGCAUGUUCUAUAUUAUGGAAACCUCUCCUUCUAACAUAUGGACGUCAGACAAUCUGGUUCAGUGUAUCAGUAUGUGCUUACAAAAGCUUCUUCAGUGGUUUGAAAAUGGCUUCAUUCCAAGUUACUUCAUUCCGGAGGAAAACCUUUGGAAAGGAAAUACUGAUACACGUGAAACAAUUGUUGAUAUUUUGGGAUCACUCCUAGAAACUUCACCAAUAUAUCUUACAGAGAUCAAGUGUGAUUCUGUCGGGAUAUUCUUACAAAACGCCUUACCAUCAAGCGGAAUUUCCAAAGUCAUCGACAAUAUUUCUGCAAUUCAGGCCGAUUUAGAACAAUCUCAACGUGAAUUGGACAGAUUCAUCUACAAAUCCCAUAUGUGGACACUUGAUUAUAUAAUCAAAUGUGCAAAGGAAUUAAUUAUAUUUGCGGCAGAUGAAGAGCUAGAUAAAUGUAUCACUUUACACAAUGCAAUUAUUCAGCGAAUGUGUAUGGACUCCGAUCCAAGAUUAGUGCUUGAGCAUACCAGUUUAGAUAGACGAAUGGCCUCUGCAUACAUCCUCCCGUUUUUACAAACAAGCCUUGGAUCUCAGCUAAGUAUGAAAUAUCUACACACACACAAUAAUACAGAGAAAGAACAUCUUUGGAAUGAAUCGAUGAAAUUCCUUACAAAAGGUAUAGAAUCUGAUUCCAUGUCCGGGCAAUUGAAACUUGCAACCAUUUUAUUUAUGAUCGAUAGAACCGAAGAUUCCAAAGAAAUGUUAGAUAGAAUUGACGAAACGUUUGACCCUAAAUUUUUUAAUACACAUUGUGGAUGCAGCAAGGAGUCUGAUUAUGUCUGUGUAGCUCUUAGAAACAGUAUCAGAGAGGAAAAACUGUCUACGCUCGAGAUUCUUAGAAAAUAUACUGGUGUUUGUGUUUGUUUUUUGAGAACGGAAAAAGAUAUCGUACCAAAACAUCUCCACUACGAAAUGUUUCGAUCCGUCUUUAGUGAGACACCCAGAAAACCAUACGUUGACGACUGGUUUGACAGCGCAGCCGUAGACUCUGAUAUAUUCCUGUUUUACAUGUUAUUCAGGGUUAAUCAGAAGCUUGGUAAUUAUAAAGCAAUGACAAUAUCAAAACUUUCUUUGCUUAUGGAAAUGGAACGAAAUGUUAAUCUUACUCAUGUUGAUACGGCACAAAAUCUGCUUGGCUGUCUGUUCAAGGAAAGUGGAGAUCUUGAUUUGGCAUGGCAAUGCUUUAUGGCGUCAUGGGCCUUUAGACCUGACCAUAAUGCUGCAAAAUGGCACAUGGCAAUCAUGUUGUAUGAGGGAAUAACAUGUCUAGGUCUUUGUGAUGAAACCAAAAUUCAAGGAACAGAAGAAAGAAAUGAGCCUGAAGAUGAAUUCGAACUAAUUUAUAGUCGAUUAUGAUGAUUAAUUUUAAAUGAAAUAACUGGAAGUUAGUAUAUCUAUAAAUCCGUCGUCCUGAAUAUGCAUGAAACAGUUGCCACAGAACUAAAAGCAAACAAAACUCAUCCAUUUUAUAAAUCCAUAGCCAGGAGUUAUGCUUAUUGAUUAUUGAAAAAUAUAACAAUAAAGUAUUUCCAUUAA